AUGAAGCAUUUUAUAACAUGAAAAAUAAAAACUAAAAACGAGUCCCUUUGUGAGAGAUGAAAGACAUUUUCAAAGGUUAAGACGAACUCGUGGAUUUGGUAUUCGAGACGUGAUCAGCAUCAAAUUCAGAAAGAUAAGAAGUAAUAGAAGCUGACUUCGGACUUCUGGAAUAGAGUAACUUUUCUCGAUUUAUAUUUUCUUCGCUUUCCACGAUUCCUAGAAAAAAAUCAACAUCGAAUAUGAUUUUAACUGCAGUACUUGCACUGCUUCACAAUACGAUCAAGGAGAAAAAUUUUAUGGGUUGAAAAAAAAAUUACCUAACCCAAUGUUUUGACAAGAAGGAUGUGGAAACUCGUCAAGAUACAAGAAGCAAAUAGACCAUUCUAUUUGUCUAAGUACAUCCAGAUAAACAAAAACUUGAGAAAUGAUUCCGAGGAGGAUUCACUUAUACACGCGAAAUUAGCGAAAUCAAUUCAUGAAUUUUUGCACAAAGUGACUCUAACACUAGAUUCGAAAUCGAAAGAAACCGAAGAUUUCUUUUCAUCAGCAACGAAAAAAAUAGAAGAAUCAUUGAAAAAUAGUACCCAAUUUAUGAGCAAAGAAGUCGCUCAUGCAAAAAAGUCGGUUCUUCAGUUGGCAAAAAUUUCAGAGAUCCAGCUAGAAAGUUAUUCGGGUUGUGUAAAUCAAUACAACGAAGAUAUUCGAAAUAUUAAAAAAACUUACAAUGAGAAAAUUAAGUCUUGCACCGAAAAAACAGUAAUUGGUGUUGAAACUAUUCGGAGCAAGUAUGAAAACGAUUUGCAGGAUGUGAGAGAUUUGAAAAAAUUAACAACUCGAGCCCUCAAGGAAUGUCUGGAUAAAAAGAGUAAUAUUAAACAUUGCAUCGAUGAUAAAAUGAAAUCUGCUCAUGAUAGGUACAAACAUACUUUACAAAAUUUGCAGGAAGCCUCGAAUUCUUCAAAAAAAUCUGUUUUGAAAUUGCUGAAAAUUGCCAGCAUUUGCCAUGAAAACGCCCAAAGUGAUAUUUUGAAAAAUCUGCCAAAAAUUGUUGAAAAGACGAUAAUUUGUAUUAAGAAUUCAAAGGAAAGAAAUAAGUCAGAAUCACCGGCAUUAGUCAUCGAUACAUUUUUUGAUGAUGAAAAAAAAUCUGAGGAAAUGUUGCAGCAAAAAAUAACGAUUAUAAUUAAAGCGCCCAAUAAAGAAAUGAUCAAAGUUGCUAAGGAAGAAAAAAUGGAAUGUUUGCAGGAAGCAAAGAAAGACGCUCUGAAUUCAAUGAACUUAAUUUUACAUGAAAUAGAAGCUGCUGAAAAAAUCACAGAAAAUUUCCAAAAAUCUGAUAAGGCGGAUCCUUUGCUGCAAGAUUUCAUUCGUUAUUUCAAUGAAAUUGUUCAAGAUUCAAAGCUAGUUCUAAAAAAAUGUACAAAAGAAGAUGGGAAGGUAGUUGAAGCCGAUAUUCUCAAGUGUCUCGCCGAGUUCUUCGAUUCCAUAAAAUUAAAGAAGUUUGAACUGAUAAAAAGAGUGGAUGCACUAAAGAAAGAUAAUAAAAAAUCCAGCCUCGACAUCGACAAGGCCCUGAAAUGGAUUUCCACAGCGGAAGAAAAACUGAAGACAGUGGACAAAAUAUUUCAAGAGUGUACCAAAGCCGGAAAGAAAUAA